UGCGGAGGACAUCUUAAAUUGGUGGUGAGGUGUUUGUAUUCGUUUUGGGCUCUUGACGUAACGUAAAUGCCGUUGCUCUUCGCUCCGCCCCAAUCUUCCUCAUCCCCUCCGGCCUCCUUCACCCAUUUGCAAAGGGAAAGCUUCUCCUAUGGACAUAACCCAUCAACACAUCAACAUCAAUUUCAGCAUUGCAUUUCGUAAUAUAAGAAGCCCAUCUCAGUCAUCGUCACAUCAUCUCCAAUCUCUGAAUGAGCUUGGUGGGUCUUCCUUAAGCAGUUUCAGAUCGUCUGGACCUACAUAGAGAAGGGAAUUGGGUUUGGGAUAGAUUGCCUCUGCAACAGACUUGAUCUUUUGGGUUCUUCUUCUUCUUGUCUCAUCCCCUCUGAUGGCGUUUUCUGCUGAUAACCUUCAUGGCCUUAUCUUGGCCGUUUCCUCUAGCUUUUUUAUCGGAUCCAGCUUUAUAGUGAAGAAGAAAGGACUAAAAAAAGCAGGGGCUAGUGGAGUAAGAGCAGGUUCAGGGGGUUACACGUACUUGUACGAGCCUUUGUGGUGGAUCGGUUUGCUGACUAUGGUUGUUGGUGAGGUAGCUAAUUUUGCUGCUUAUGCAUUCGCUCCUGCAAUUCUUGUAACUCCAUUGGGGGCUUUAAGUAUUAUUAUCAGCGCACUGCUAGCUCAUUUUAUGUUGAAUGAGAAAUUGCAUAUCUUUGGCAUGCUUGGAUGUCUUCUUUGUGUGGUGGGAUCUGUUAGUAUCGUCUUACAUGCUCCACAAGAAAGAGCUAUUGAUUCAGUAAAGCAAGUAUGGCAACUAGCUACUGAGCCAGGUUUCAUUGUUUACACUUGCAUAGUUGUGAUUAUGGUUCUUGUCCUCAUUUUCUUGUUUGUACCAAAAUAUGGGCAAACACAUAUGGUGGUAUAUGUUGGAAUCUGCUCGCUCAUGGGAUCCCUUACGGUUAUGAGUGUGAAAGCAUUGGGAAUUGCUCUGAAGUUGACAUUUUCAGGAUCAAAUCAAUUCAAAUACUUUCAGACAUGGUUCUUCACUUUGGUUGUUAUUAUCUGUUGUCUCCUGCAGUUGGACUAUUUGAACAAGGCAUUGGACACCUUUAACACCGCUGUCAUAUCUCCUGUCUACUAUGUCAUGUUCACUUCAUUCACAAUCCUUGCCAGCAUGAUCAUGUUCAAGGACUGGAACUCACAAAAUGCAUCACAGAUUGCAACAGAAUUGUGCGGCUUUUUGACCAUUCUUGCUGGAACCUUCCUUCUCCAUAAGACCAAGGAUAUGGGUAAUGAUGUGUCCCCGCAAACCUCUAUUUUUGCAACUCCAAACACUGAUCCCAGUAUCUUUCGAAGUCCAAACAAUGAUCCUCUGCUCUUCACAAGUCCAAACAAUGUUCCUCCCAUCUUCACAAGUCCAAACAAUGAACUUCAUAUCCUCACAAGUUCAAGCUCAGCCUCCAGUUCUAUCAAAUUUAACCCAAGCUCUAGAUAGGGAUAUACAAUCACAUUUUGACCAUUGAUUUAUAAUCUCUGGAGUUAUACCCCUUAGGAAAACGCUCUCCUCUAAUCUCAAAGAAGCAAAUGAACAUGUAAAUGGAAGAAUUUGAGGAUGUCUGCUUGAUUCUUAACCCACUGACAAAUUUUUUUCUUCGAGGUCCUAUGGGUAGAAAGCAUCUGCAGAAGCCUAUUGAGCGUUCAUCAUGCCUCUUGAUGCUAAACUUUGAGGUUGUUUUCUGCUAUUGUGCUUUGCAAACCCACCACAUUGAUGAUUGUUAUUGGUUUCUUCAAGGAAUUUAGCAGUUGAUUAUGUUUCAUUAUGAUUAUGGGUGGUCUUAGGAUGUAAUAGGAGUUGAUGUAUAAAGACGUGAAUUCAUUUUAGUGUUGAUGUGUGCACUCUAUAUUCAUAGCACUCCUUAUAAAGCAACCUCGUAAUCUUGUGAAGCUUAUCUCAA